CGGCAGACGACAAAGUUUGCCUGCUGCGUGCGGGCCGCGGGGUCUCGUAGUAUUCGCGAUGGCUCAUCUUGUGAGCCGUGAUAGCACAUUGUGACGAGUUCAUGUGGUUCCCUUCUGGCAUCGGCUGCUUCGUGUACAUCGCCAGUGUUGACUCGUGAAGGCUCUCCCGGAGGGGGGUGGGGGGGGAAGAAGGAACACUGCUUUUCUCACCAGGAUGGAUUCAUGCUUCGGCGCGCGUAGCCUGUUCGGAGGACACUCGAGCACGGACACGCUGUUCAGCAGCACUCAGCUCGAAGUCAUUCAGGACCUGGACCUCUACUUUAUUCGCCAGAUAGCGCACAGCCUCGGGGAGUAUGACCUUGAGCAGAAGAUCGACCUGGAGAUUAAGAUGCGCGAGGGCACAACCAAGCUGCUUGCCGUGUGUCAACACCGGCCUCAGAGCCUCGAAGCGGCCAAGUCGCUGCUCACCUCGAACGAGCGCAUGGCCGCCUACGUUGCCGAGCUGCAACGCCGCAAGACAGCCGAACGGCCCAAGCAGUCCAUUGGCGGAUUCCCUCUGGAGUUGUCACGUUCCCGUGUGGCAGUGUCAGAGAUCCGAAUGCCACUGAUCUGGAAGGACACAGACCACUUCAAGAACAAAGGUGACUACCGCCGGUUUGCUGUUUUCUGCCUGCUCAAGAUUGGCACCGAGAUAUAUGACACGGCUAUGGUCAGCAAUGUGGACCGUAGCAUGACCGACGUCUCCUUUGAUGACACCAUUGUUUUUAAUAACAUUCCACCUGACUUUGAGUUCAAGCUGGAAGUGUACAGCCAUAUUCUACAAGACGACCUCAGCAUGGCCAGCACACCUCGAAAGAUAAAAACCAAGAUCACGAAUUCCGUUAGCCGAGCCAUAGGACGCAAGUUGGCUGCAUCACUGAAAGAGGAGCUGAACUCCUUCGAAAUAGGGCCAAAGUUUGAGCUUGAGGCUCAUGCUACGCUGCGACUGAGUGAUGCCGAUGACAAGGCACACACCUAUGACCUCACCAUGGAGAGCCUGGAGAAUCCGCAGCUUCAACUACCUCUCUUUGGGCACUUCUGUUGCAAGCUGGCUGUUGUCCCAGACUGCACCCAUGAAGAGCAGCUCUCAGGGUAUCUUGGUGUUGUGCAGCUGGCCAAUGGUGUAAGUGGCCGUCGACGCCUUUGGUGUGUCCUCAAGAACUUCCAGCUUUGCCUCUGGACUAGUCCAGAAGACGCUAGGCAUCUACCUCCUGUUCUGAGCAUCCCAAUCAACAUGGACACGCAUCUACGAACAGAUAACUGCUCUUCAAAGUACAUGCAUGCCAUCCGCAUAAUCAGUGCCAUUGCUGACAAGGUGCAAGAACAUCUCAUCGUUGCUGAUGGUGAGCAGGACUUCACAAAGUGGUUGCUUCACUUACGGCAGCACAUAAAGGAUCAUGAGCUCUGGGGAAAUCUUGCAUCAAAGCGCAUGGAAAUUCCUUCUCCAGGACCUCGGAGAGCGCCAAUGUUUCUUCACGCUCGACAGACGUCUCUCUAUGAUGAAACAUCCUUAAAAGAAUCUCCGCAAGGUUUGGCUGGCUCUGCAGUGCAAGACAAUGCCCAGCGCAUCUCGCCAACUUCAGUCCGGUCAAGAAGUUCAAGUACCUCAUCAGCUUCUAGUUCAGUCAGUGGCAGCCGCAACUUUCCACUCUUGCCAGCAAGGAAAGCAUUUGGUUAUUUCUGAAGAGAUCAGUGAUGUCCCAACAAUAUCAAACUGGUUAAAAACAGAGCCUAAAGUUACGUUUUGUUAACGAACUGGGACAAGUCCUCAUUCAGCUUGGCAUUGCUGUUUGGAAUGUGUACUUCUUUAGCAUCUCCUAGCCCACUGUGACUUUUAUGUUUAAGUCAGCCUGAGUUUUACUUCAACACCACAGUAAUCUCGCCUUCUAGUCGCAGUGCCGGCUCAACUGUUUUGUGUCAUUUGUGCUGCUAUUUCACUGGUGCUGCUAGUUUUGAUGCCUGUGAAGCACCUGGUGUGCAUUGGCUUAUGCUGUCAACAUUGAAAAUCUUUUGUUCUCCUCCUGUUUGCGGGUGAAUGGUGUGUGAAAAACAAAACAAGAUUCAGCAGCUUUGUGAAUUAAAGCAAGUAACUUAAUGGCAUCUGCCAUUACUAUGACUUGAAGAUUGAAUGUGUACUAUAACAUUUAUUACUGCGAUUGCUUAGCAUGAAGCUAUUUAAUGCAGUGUGGCUUUUCUUGUGUGCUUUUGAUCAUUGCAAGUGUGGGCACAUAUACGUAUGAGUGUGCGAAUGCCUUUUUAGUGACUGUAUCAGCAACACUAUCAUUGUAAUUAUAGCUUUUAUGUCCGUCUUGGUUGAUUCUUUUUGCAUUGCCUUCAUCUUUGUUUUUAUUAUUUUUUGACUGACAUGUUAUUGACACUGUCUUAUUUGGCAGGAUUAUGGGGAAUGAGCACUUGAAAUUCAGAUACUACUUAAAAUUUUUGUAUUACAGCAGAACUGUAACACACAGCCUAACAAGUGUGGAAAGCAGUUUUCAGCAGCAAGUAUUUGUGGUUUCAUGAAACCACCUGGUAUUGCUUACACAGCAGCAUUAUUGUGAAAGCUCUGCCAAACGUGCAGCUGCAUGAAUCCUGGAUCCAAUUGAUUGAUUGAUUGAUUGAUUGAUCAAUCAAUCGAUCAAUGAAUUAAUCAAAUGGAUCCAGUCCACAUGCAACUGCACCUUUGAUCACUUAAUCAACUGGAUCCAGGACACAUCCAGCUGUCCCUUUGGAAGAGCUUGCACACCAAUGAUGCUGUGUGAGCAAUAGCAGGUGGAGUCAUGAAACCAUAAAUAUUUGGACAUUGAUGCCAUUAAAUGCUGGAGUGCAUUCACUUCUCGAUCCAAGUGUACCCAGGUUGGACCACAACAAGCUAAAGCAAGCUAUAAACCAGGUGCAUGAAAAAUAAGGGGAACUGAGGGGCUAGAUUUUUGUUGUUAUUUAAAACUGCAUGAAGCUGAUAGACAAUGAAGUCAGGAAAAACAGGGGAAGUGAACUUGUCUACUGUCAUUCAGAACACCAUCUCAUUUUCAUUGGUGCUCAAGUAGCUGGUGCUGGCAACUGCUGGUAGCUUGCUGAAACAGGCCAAGUCCUGUUUAGUGCUAAUUUCUAUAAGUACACUCAGGCCACAGCCCAUACCUAGCCUGCCUAAUGAACUUGAUCCACGCAGGGGAACUGGGAUGACAAAGCCAUUCCUGGAAAGUUGGUUGCCCUGCCUCUCCCUCACUUGUUGAAUAUACACAUGCAUGCCUGUGCUACGUAAUCAUGGAAGUAAUAAUUAAAGGUCUCAUAAGAGUAGAAUUUUGGGCCAUUGGUGAUGCAUGCUUGACUAUGAUGAAGUGCAACAGAUAGGACAAACGAAGGCGAGAAGAAUGGUACAAGCUCUACUAACUACUGUGAGCAUUUAUUGGAAAAUUUCACAGUAGCAGCACAGUGCGCACUUGUGCCCUAAACAUUCUAAAACCAGCAACUAAAGCUUGUCCCAUUUGGGUUGCCUUCCUUUGUCCCAUCUAUAGCGCUUCACUGUAGACUAAGGUCUCAUGUUUGCCGAGACCCUUGUAUGGGCACAAUUUUAGCCUGGUUGGGUCACAUCGCUACAGAUCUACAGUUUGCAUCAUGCACUAUACACUGUAUGGUCCCCACAAUUUAAGCACAUAGGCUAGGCUUCAUAUUACACAUACAAAAAUUUUUUUUCCCCUCCUAUGCCCACCUGUACAGUUGCACAAGUGGUGGUAAAUCAUUGCUGAUCGUCGACUUAUAGAAGGGGAAAAAAUUUUCAAUUCUCAUCCUUGGCCGCUCAUCACAACAGACAGCAUUAAUGACGAAAUUAUUUUCAUUGGUUUGUUUUAAAUGUGCAUAACUUGUAGUCUGUUUUUUGUACUGUGACAUCUGUUCACAUGUUCUUGUAGUGACCAGAAUUGACUGCGCAGUAUUCUUUUUAUUCAGUACAUAUCUUGUCAAAGAAACAAUAAUGUGCACAUUCCAUUCCAUGUAUGUUCCGAUGUACUGCAGGCAAAACAACAACUGCAGCAGUAAAGAGUUUUAGCUUGUCCGUAAACAUAUUAGCGAUUGCAGAUUACCAGGUUACUGGAGUACCAGGUAUACAACAGCAACAAUGCUGGUAACAACAUUUAUGACACCGAGUUUAACCAGAGAGCACACCAAGCUUAUAAUGCAGUGAUCUAUUACAUUCUACUUAAGAGGAAGCUUUAGCUCAGGCCCAACUCCCGACGCGGCCUAUUCAAAUACAUCUAAAACGCAAAAACGUUUUUCUGAUGUAAUCCCUGGACGGAUUUUAAUGAAAUUUGUUGCAUUUGAGAAAGUUAAAUUCUAGUGACUGUUGGAAGCGGGAUUUCGAUUUAGGGCCUAAAUUUUGUUAAAGUGAUUUUCAAAUAUUAGAAAGCUUGAAAACAUAGAAGCACGAAGUUUACAAAAUAAUAGCUCUGCAUCAAGAACAGAUAUCACCAUUCUGUAAACGGUAUCCACUAGGUCACUGAAAGUGGACAAAUUUGAUAUGUCAUUUUACAUCUUACCUGAAUUUGUUACGUUGUGUACAAGGGUUCUGCAAAAGCUUGAUUUCCAUAUUACAAAAUUUUUUAGGAUUUAUGUAUAACAUAUCAAUUUUGCCCGAUUUACAUGUACUAUUAGAUACAAUCCACAUAACUGUGAUAUCAUUUUUUGAUUGCCGAGUUACAGUUGUAAACUUUAUAGUUUUGUUUUCUUAAACUUUGCGAUUUUCGCCAAUCUUUUAUCAAAAUGUGAUCACCUAAAUCAAAAAUUUGAAAUCAACAGUCGCUAGAUUUUACUUUUUUCUUUUAAAUGCAACAAACGUCGUCAAAUUUGGUGCAGUCGUUGCCGAGAAAAAUGAAUUCUCCUUUUACAUGCAUUUAGAUAGGAGCACCCGAGCUAAAGCUUCCUCUUAGCUGCUGUUUUAAAGCAUUGGUAGUGAUUAGUGAUUUAAUCAUUAACAUGCAGUGCUUUUAUGAUUUUCCUUCAAGAAUGCUUACAGAACAUAAGAAUGUUUCAAAUGUAUUGCAAUUGCACGAAGCGUCACAAGAUGUUGCUACCAGCUCUGCUAUAGCCCAUCUACACUGCAUUAUUCUUAAACAGCUGAGCAUUUGUAACUGUGUUGUGAUAAGCUUGGCUCUAAACAGAACCACAAAUAUAAAUAGUGAGUUUCCCUGCGUGUGUACUGUGUUCGUAGCAUUCUGUGCUUUCUAAUUUGAAGCAAGGUAACAUGGCUCCAGUAAUCCGGUAAUGCGGAGAUGGUAACAAGUUUACAGAUAAGUUCAAACUCUAUUGUUGUCUUUUUGCAGUGUCUUUAUCAAGUGCUUAUUGUGCUUGGCAGCAGUGCAAGAAACUAGGAAUAUGUUGUGGCAGAGGAAGCUGUUGGUUUGAGUCAUGACUAUGGAUUUGUGCAUCUGCUUUUUCAUUGAUUCGCAAAAUCCCAUUGCUAAAGUAAUCUCACUGCAUCUAACUGCCAUGCCAUGUUUAGGCAGUGAAUUCUUGUCAUAAGGUGCUUUGACAUACACUUCCUAUCUCAAAAUGUCAUGCAGCAACAUGAACACUGGUUGCAAGCUGUGUUGUGAUAAGCUGGGCUCUGUACAGAAACUUAAAUAUAAAUAGUAACUUUGCACAGGUGUAUACUCUGUUCACAGCAUUCUGUGCUUUUUAAGAUGAAGCAAUGUGAUUUUCACUAUUUAUUGCAGAGUCCCCACUUUAUGCACAUUUGCAUGUUCUUUUACGGUGUAAACACAUUGCUGAAUUAUACUCGUCAUUGUACACCACAGCUUAAUCCAAAGUUCUCAUUGGAAGCACAGAUGGCUUGUAUAUAGAACAGGCAUAUGACUUGGUAUUGAUUAGUUGCUUGAUGUGGAGGAACAAAAAGAUUUGUUUAGCAGCUGCAGGUACAGUUCAUUUUAAUAAAGGCAUGUAUUCAUGUACCA